AUGGUUUACCAAAGGCUUUCGCUUAACGAGCUAAUGAAGCCCAAAUACGCCUGUGGCUCUGCAGGCCUGUUUUUCAUUUUCCUGGGGCUUCUGCUGUUUGACACGCACUUGAUGCGCGCAGGCAAUGUAGUGGUGUUUAUGGGGGUUCUUAUGGCCAUUAAGUCCCUAGACCAUAUAAAGUGCAUUUUGCUGUUCUUCCUGGGGUUUAUUGUCUCGUUCAAGCUUAUAACACUUGGCCUGCUUAUAGAGAUGGUUGCGCUUGUUAUGUGGGGAAUGGCUAAGAUAUCCACGAUGGCCACGCUCCCUGCAAAAAUGCUGAAACGCUUUUUUGUGAAAUAG